ACUACUUUCACAAUACAAUAUAAAACGUACACCGUUUCAUAGUAAACAAUAUUUUUUAAUAAAUUUUGCAUAUUUAUAAUGUAAUUUUCUGGUCAACAUGACGAAACUGCGAGUACAACAAUAUAUGGAGAAGCAUAGACUAACACCACUUUUUGAGGAUUUGAUGAACAGAGUUCUACACGAACAACCUGAUGAUCCAAUUGUUUACCUGAUCAAAUGUUUGUAUAAGAAAGCAUCCAUACCUGUACCAAAGGACCUAAAGACAAGUCCAGUGAGACGGAGCUCCCCUGAAAGAUUACCAAGAAGAAGCAAGAGUCCUGAGAAGGGUGCCACACAAGCAUGGGCUGUUGCCAGUGGACCAGAUUUGGUAGACAGAUCCUAUGAGAAACCAUGGUUAAAACACAGCAAGAAGACAAGGUCUAAAGAUGAGGACAGGUGUGAAUCCAGACAAGGUUCAUGUAUUCAGGAUGUAAAUCUAACGUCUGCUCUUCAUAUAUCAAAGAAAGUUCUAUGGCCACGGACUGCAAAGAAACAGCAAAAGUCUGGCUGGGUGUCUGAUACAAAAGUCACGACAACAAGUUUUGAUGAGCUGUUUGAAGAAGAUGCACAUGCUGGUUCCAGGCAGCCACAACAAGGGGGAACCAGACAUAGAAAAGAAGGCGGCACAGAUAUUACAAAAGCGUGGGCACAGCAUGUUAGUUUAGAUGAUAGUGAAGACCCAAACUAUAGAAGUAAAGGUUAUUCUGGUCCUCGUUGCCAAAGAGACGAAAGUGAUCCAUUAGCAGGGGAGAUAAUGCUUGCCAAGGAGGAGAGUACAGUUGAAAGUUCUGUUAGUUCACUAAAACCAAAGGGAGCAAAACAAGAGGCAGAGAGACAUAGACAAGAUCUGGAGAAGAUAUUACAUGAAUCUGAUAAAGUAUCCAUUGACUCUGGAUUUGACGAUGUUCGUAACAACGAUGAACAAGAUGAUGCUAUUGAAUUGCUGGAGGAUCCAGAGGAUCUAAUGAGGGAGGGUGUAACAAACAUUCCUACAUCGGGAUAUAAACUCAGCAGGAUUCUACGCCAAAGACAAGAAGAUGCCAAUGUAAAGUUAAAUAUCAAUGUGUCAGGUUUAGAGGAAGGCAGGGGGAGCCGAUAUGAUGAUUAUUACGAGUCGGACCUGGAGAGGCCGCCAACAGGAAUGUCAUUCCAGUCUAACAGGUACUCCGAGUUAUCACCAGAUGUCUCAGAUGAUGAGUUUGAAAGUGUCUCGCAAGUUGUUGGUCCCAGACAGCCAGUAUGGAGUGUACCAGAUUCAGAUGGGGAGACAUACAGGGUAGAACCUAGCAGGAAAGCUAGACAGACAAAGUUUAGUGCCACUGCACCUGUAAGAUUUGGACGAGGGAAACCACGCAUUUCUAGAAAAUCUGUUGAUACAGAAAAUAUGUUUCUAGAUGGCAAGUUAAGACAUGGACACCAGGCAAGAAAGGACUGA